AUGACCAGCAGGAGGUGCCACAGCGCACUUGGGAAGAUGAUGAAGAAAACGUUUGCCCCUCCACUGGCAAAACCCCAUGUCCUUUCUUUGAGGGAAGGCCCUGAGCAUCAUGGGAAGAAGGAGGAUGCGAGGGCAAAAGAGGCCAUUACCUAUCCGCUGAGCCAAGGGUCAAGAGACUCGAUCGAAACAAAACUGAAAGUGGGCCUUCCAGACACUGAUGUGCAGCGGUGGAAGAAAUCUAGGGUAGCAAAGGAAGAGGAUACAGGCCACGUGAAAGGUCCAGCAACACCCCGAGAUGUAGAAAAGAGACCCAAAAGGAACUCAAGCAACGUGUCAGCUAAGGAGAUGUGUCACCUCACCGACUUGCAGUUUGAGGAAAUUGUCCAGAGUGUGCUGCAGAAGUCCUUGCAAGAGUGCAUGGAACAGUCCAAGAGGACAUUUCACCAGGCAGAAGCUACCGAAGCGGCAGAACCACAAGGUUUAAAGAAGGAGACUUUCGAAACAUCCCUACCUGCAGGGAGUUUGGUCCAGCACAGCGAUGAGCCAAAAGGAACAGCCUCUGCCGUGGACCUAAAAGAGCCUCUGCCCAAAGCAAAGAAACGCAAUAAGCUUUCUUUAAACAAGAUGAGAAAGGAAAUGCAUGAGAGCACGGAAGCAAACAAAGAAAGGCAUAAGCGUCACCGGAAAGGAGAGCCGAAGAAAAUAGUUCAGGGCUACACCCUGAUCGCUGACCAAGAGGAAACAGAGGAAGGAGGAGAAAGCACUUUCAAUCAGUGCGUGGCGUGGGUCCAAUGUUCUUAUCCCAGCUGUGAGAAAUGGCGGCGUCUUAGCAGCGAUACGGAUCCCUCCGUUCUUCCCGAAGACUGGACGUGCAGCCAAAACACAGACCUGCAGUACAAAAGCUGCGAUGUACCCGAGGAGAUGUGGUCGGGAUCUGAAAACGAGGUCGUCUAUGCUACCUACGUGCCUGGGUCGAUCAUAUGGGCCAAACAGUUUGGCUAUCCAUGGUGGCCUGCCAUGGUGGAGUGUGACCCUGACAUCGGGGAGUAUUUCCUCUUUUCAUCCCGGUUGGAUUCUCUUCCUUCCAAGUACCAUGUGACGUUUUUCGGCGAAUCUGUCAGCCGCGCCUGGAUCUCUGCGACCAUGCUGAGGAACUUCCAUGCGUUUUCCACAGAGAGCCUGGGUUUGAAGACGCUCAGGAGCAAAGAUUCCCGCCAGAAACUGGACGCUGCUGUGAGGAUGGCGAAGGAAGCCGAGCGGAUCAGCAUUCAGGAGAGAGUGAUGAGAUUUGGGUUCAUCAGUCGAUCCGGUGAGGGAGGAUUGCUAGAAGCUCACGAGGACUCGGAAGAGCUAUUCAACGUGGCCAGUGAGGAGAAGCAGCCCUGUGAUGGAAAUGAGAAUAUGGUUGCGACUUCAGAUUUCAAGGAGAAAACCUUUCUGAAAGGCCUUAAGAAGAAGUUCACCAUUCUGGGAAGCAACAGCUCAGGAUCCAGCCAGCCCAAACCGCCAGCAGGAGGCAACAGAGUUAACCUGACGCUGUCCUGUCGAGACGGCUUGAAGCCGGAGCUGGUGAAGAUGUUGCAGGUGAAAGACCAUACCACCAGGAGCCACCCACAGUCAAGUAGCAGUGAUGAGAUCUUUGAGGAAUUCCAGGAAGUGAGGGAGCUGGAGAAGGCCAAGGAAGCACGUGGGAGCCAGGAAGCGGAGAAAAACGAAUCAUCGGAAGAGUGUUCCCUGGUCUUGUUUGAAGAGUAG